UUGUGUUUAGCCAGGCUAAUCUGCUGCACCAUGUUUUUAAAAUUUAAAAUGGGACUCGUGUCCCAGAUCAUAGUGAAACGGAUGUGCUCUUCUUUGGUUGAAAAGAGCCUUGUGUCAUCACUUUAUCAGAGAGUUCUCUCCACCUUUCCUGACGAUAUUCAGAUGGCGCUAGCUUAUGGCUCAGGUGUCUAUCAACAAGAAGGACAUGUAGACAUGUCAAAGAACAUGUUGGAUUUCAUUUUCGUUGUGGACGAUCCCUUGUUAUGGCAUAGACAGAAUAUAAGAAUGAAUCCAAAGCAUUAUUCCUUCCUCAAGUUCUUUGGACCAAAACAUGUCACAAGAGUACAGGAUAAAUUUAGUGCUGGUAUUUAUUUCAAUACUCUUGUUCCCUUUGAAGAAAGACUGAUCAAAUAUGGUGUUAUCAGCACUGAUCGUCUCAUAACUGAUCUCCUUGACUGGGAUACACUGUAUGUCAGUGGACGCCUCCAUAAACCAGUCAAGCUUCUCAUAAUACCCCAAAGCACAAAUCUGCUCUCAGCGAUGCAAAUCAAUCUUCAGAGUGCUGUUCACGCAGCACUUCUCAUGCUCCCAGAAUUCUUUACGGAGGAAGAUCUUUAUGUUGCCAUCACUGGACUUUCCUAUAAGGGAGAUUUUCGCAUGACCCUUGGAGAAGACAAGAAGAAAAUAAUGAACAUAGUGAAACCAAACAUUGAAUAUUUCCGGAGGUUGUACGAGACUAUUCUUGACAACGAAGAACACAUCUACUGGCACAAAUCUAAAGGCAAUUUUGAACAAUACCCAAACUACAUCUCCCAAUACCAUCAUCUCAGCCUGCUUCCGAAGAAUGUUCAGGCUCAUCUUGUAGAAAUGAGAUCACAUGGAGGCAGCUCACCAGACCUGGAGGAGGUGUUGAGGGUCUUCGCUCACGACAGAUACUGUGAUGAGCACGUGGGGAAGAUAAUUUCCAAUAUUGUGUGGUGGUCAAGUGUGUUUCAGAGUGUCAAGAGUGUGUUUACGGCUGGACUCAUGAAAUCGUUCCGAUAUAGCGGCAAGAAACUGAGGAAAAUGUUCAAGAGUCAGUCAAAAUAGCGUUGUCUUGAAGACAACUGUACAUAGGCCUCAAUGAAUGUGUGAAUUAGUGAAAGCAUUCUGACAUUAUUCACAUAGAUUGCAUCAUUGCAAACAUAAGGAAGAGGUACUCUCCAGUAUUUGUUGGAUGCCGAUAUUUGUGCGCCAUGCAACAAGGAACUCAUGUAUUGAUACAGAACCAGACAUAUAUCAUGUACCGUAUUCAACGUAAUAAGCGCCCAGGGCGCUCUCAAAAUUAGGAAUAGGGGGCUCUUACUAGAAUAUUAUUUUGAGUUGAAAGAUCAUAAAUUUCGUGGUUUAUGCUGA